CGUGUCUAUGGGUUGCUUGUUCGUUCCCCAAUAUUUCUGAUCUCCGUUUCCAUCGCUCUGGCCGCGCGCGCGUAAAAGGCCGAUCGAGCAAAGAUUUUUUGUGAGGUGAGCCUUGAAAUUUUAUUGAUCUAAAUCAAGCAAAAUUGGGGAGUUUUAGUUGAUUCGGCCGGUGCUUUAACGAAGAGGGAAUAGAUGGAAAUAGAGAUGGAUCCGAGAGUGAAGCUACUGCCCUUCAAAGUCAAGGCAAUGUCGAGGGAGUCCCCGGCCGCGAAGGGUGCAAACGUCCUUGACCCCGAUUUACGCACGCAUUGGUCCACUGGAACCAACACCAAGGAGUGGAUCCUCCUGGAGCUUGAAGAAUCUUGCCUCUUGUCAAAUGUACGGAUCUACAAUAAAUCAGUUCUUGAAUGGGAAAUAACAGUUGGGUUGCGGUACAAGCAGCCUGAAGCUUUUGUGAAGGUUCGCCCACGGUGUGAAGCUCCCAAACGUGAUAUGAGUUAUCCUACAAACUACACACCAUGCCGUUACGUCCGUUUAUCUUGUUUGCGUGGGAACCCUAUAGCAGUAUUUUUUAUCCAGCUUAUUGGCGUAUCCGUGAAAGGACUGGAACCAGAGCUCCAACCUGUUAUUAAUUAUUUGCUACCACAUAUUUUAUCACACAAACAGGAUGCUCAUGAUAUACAUCUCCAGUUGCUUCAAGAUAUAGCUGUUCGGCUGCUCAUUUUUCUUCCACAUCUUGAGACAGAGCUUAGUACUUUCACAGACGCUUCUGAUUCUAACAUUCGAUUUUUGGCAAUGCUUGCUGGCCCAUUUUAUCCUAUCCUGCAAAUUAUGAAUGAGAGGGAAGCUGUGAAGGGAUCUGUUAUUUCUUCCGAUCCUGAAAUUUCUAGAAACAAUCAACCAUCUACUAUCACUGUGUCCUCAAAUUUUGAGGUUCAGCCAAGAAGAUCACGCAAUCAAUCAAUUUUUAUUCAGGCUGGUUCAUGUUCCAUAGCAUUUCGCCCUGAUGCUGCUAUCUUACUGUUAAGAAGAGCAUUCAAGGAUACAGAUCUUGGAAUUGUUUGCCGAACAGCUGCAAGAGCUCUGCAAAAGAUUGUUGGUCUGAUUAUACCCCUAGGGCAACCUACACCGAUCAGUGACUCUUCCAUUUCUGAUGAAACCGCUUUAAUGCUAAAUCCUGCACAUACUGCUGAUUAUUCGAACUUGUUUGGAGAAGAAUUUAAAGUACCUAAUGAGAGUUGGAAUGUUGAUCUUGUGAAUGUGCUGGAUAUUGCUUUAGUUGAAGAAGGCAUUCUCCAUGUUCUCUAUGCUUGUGCAUCACAUCCUCCGCUCUGCUGCAAGUUGGCUGAGAGUAACAUUGAGUUUUGGUCGAUUUUGCCACUUAUACAAGCUUUGCUCCCAGCCCUGCGCCCUCCUGCAAGUAGUCUAGAACGAAUGGAUGAGUCCUUUGGGCAGUGGAAGCAUGCUUCUGUUGAGCAAGCUCUUUCACAGAUUGUGCUAAUGUCGUCAUCAACAUACCUUCCUCUCCUUCAUGUUUGUGCGGGAUAUUUGUCCUCCUAUUGUUCAUCACAUGCAAAGACAGCUUGUGUGCUUAUUGAUCUCUGUGCUGGGUUGUUCUCACCAUGGAUAUCAACAAUUACAGCAAAGGUGGAUUUGGCAAUUGAGCUUAUGGAGGGCCUCUUGGGUAUAAUCCAGGUGUUCCAUUUUUAUUAAUUUUCUUAUCGCUAG